UGGCCGGCGAGUAAGAAGGGCUUAUUCCUGGAGCGGAGAUGGCGGCGCUUGCUCCGCUGCCCCCGCUGCCCCCGCUGCCCCCGCUGCCCCCGCUGCCCCCACAGUUUAAGAGCAUACAGCAUCAUCUGAGGACGGCUCAGGAGCAUGACAAGCGGGACCCUGUGGUGGCCUAUUACUGUCGUUUGUAUGCGAUGCAAACGGGAAUGAAGAUUGAUAGUAAAACUCCUGAAUGUCGUAAAUUUUUAUCAAAGCUAAUGGAUCAGUUAGAAGCUCUUAAGAAACAGUUGGGUGAUAAUGAAGCUGUUACUCAAGAAAUAGUUGGUUCUGCCCAUUUGGAGAAUUAUGCUUUGAAAAUGUUUUUGUAUGCAGAUAAUGAAGAUCGUGCUGGGCGAUUUCACAAAAACAUGAUCAAGUCCUUCUAUACUGCAAGUCUUUUAAUAGAUGUCAUAACAGUGUUUGGAGAACUCACUGAUGAAAAUGUGAAACACAGAAAGUAUGCAAGGUGGAAGGCAACAUAUAUUCACAAUUGUUUAAAGAAUGGAGAGACUCCUCAAGCAGGGCCUGUUGGGAUUGAAGAAGAUAAUGAUGUUGAGGAAAAUGAAGAUGCUGGAGCAGCCUCUCUGCCCACUCAGCCACCUCAGCCGUCACCUUCAACGUAUGACCCAAGCAACAUGCCAUCAAGCAGCUAUACUGGAAUACAGAUUCCUCCCGGUGCCCACGCUCCAGCUAAUACCCCAGCAGAAGUGCCUCAUAGCACAGGUGUAACAAGUAACACUAUCCAGCCUACUCCACAGACUAUUCCGGCCAUUGAUCCUGCACUUUUCAAUACAGUUUCCCAGGGAGAUAUCCGACUAACACCAGAGGACUUUGCUAGAGCUCAGAAAUACUGCAAAUACGCUGGCAGUGCUUUGCAGUAUGAAGAUGUCAGCACUGCAGUGCAGAAUCUACAGAAGGCCCUCAAGUUACUGACUACAGGCAGAGAAUGAAGCCUUUGUACAACAUCCAUGCAUUUUUGGCUUAAAGAACUAACAGUCCACUACUCUAUCUUCAGCCUAUCAGGAGCAUAUUUUAAGGAAGACUUCCGUUCCAUUGACUAUAACAAUGGAAUCUGUGUCUGUGUAUCAGAUUCCUGUUGAAGCAUUCAUCAGCAGCCUCAACCAGUUUUCAUUGUCCAUUUAGUGGAUUCAGUAGUCUCUGGGUAGAUAGGGCUGAUGUGAGCAAGGUCCUAAAAAUGCCCAUUUAAACCCUGCUUGUUCAAAAAAUGAAAACACACUUCUAUAAAAUGUAUUGGGAAUUAGCUUUGUAUCUUAAUCUACAUAAAUUAAGGAAUUUUUUAAUUUAUAAUUUGGACAAACAGACCACAUUACUUUGCUAUAAAAUUCUAAAUUUAACUUUUAAUAAAGAUUGCCAGAAUAUUCUA